AUGGAGGGCAUGGCCAUGGCGAAGACCAUGUUUGGCGAGGGCCCAGCAGUGCCUGACUAUGAGAACGUGCCCAGUGCCGUGUUCAGUCAGCCGCCCUGCGGCACUUGCGGGCUCACGGAGGCGGCUGCGGCUACAAAGUAUGGCAGUGUCGACGUCUACGUGACAAAGUUCAAGCCCAUGAAGCACACGAUGCCAACCGGCCGUGGGGAAGAGGACGACAGUGAAGCUGCUGGAAGCUUCCGUUUCCUGUGA